GAACUCCUCACUGUUCAUCUGUUCGGUGUUGCUGUGCUAAUAAAGUUUCGCAGAUGACCGUUGACACCAAUAUGUCAGCCUACAUGCCGCUUUCUGUGAAGAUGUCACCGUCAGCCUUGGUGGGCAUAAAGUGCGUUUUUAAAGAGCAGUUUUGUUCUAGAAAGAUUUUAAAAUGCCUAACAGAGCUCUACAGGCGAGGUUACUCGGUGACAGCUGGCCAGGCGGCGACGGCGGUAGAGGUGGAGAGCGGUGUGACCGCCGCCGGGUUCAGCGGUCCUUUGGAUCACUACAGCGGGCUGAUCCGAGCCGGGAGCCUGCGGGAGGACGAGCACCAGAGAGCGGUACUGCAGAAGCUGGACGAGCUGCACAAAACGCUGAGAGGAUACACCAAUAGACCCACAUCCAUCAUGUCGAGGUUUUUCUCCAAACCAAAGCCCCCUAAAGGCUGCUACAUCUUUGGCGAUGUCGGUAAGAGAACUGAAGCCUGA